CACGUAUUUGCCCAUUGGUAAACACACUAAGGAGCCUUAUUGACGAGAAACGCAUGCUGGUCGGCAAAAAUAAUUCUCAUUACUUUAUCUUUCAGCUUCAACCGCGAGGCGAGACAAACCCUAAAGAACCUUGUCAGCCUGUACACCUGAACCUUUUUCUGAGCUGGUCAUACUUGUGCAAUAUGACUCUUCAGACCUAUCAAACAAAUAGUCUGCUUGCUGCAUUACCAAACACGCUGUAUAAGUUAGUGGCUGAUACUGUUACCCUGUGAAGACGUAUGAGAAAAGAAAAAAAAGAACACGAACGAGAAAGAUUUGUUGAAGUGGGCUAUGAGUGGGCGUUUGGAACUUGUUCGUUUAUUUAUGCUUCUGAAGGAGUGCAGUAAAGAUUAAUGAAACUCGGUGAGCUGGUGCUCUGUCCACUGCAUGUGGUGCUGAAGAUCACGUCCCUGGAAAAUCUGGAAAAAAAAAGAAGUCGUAUUGCCUGUCAAAGGAAGUGCAGAAAGGUUAAAUACCUAGAAGACUUAAACAAACCUGAAACUUUCAGUGAAGCGGCUCGAUACAAUAUCUAGAUGAGAGUCUAUUUAAAAGAAGUCGACCAUCUCCCGAGCAGCGGUUGCAGCGUGAGGCUGUGGAUCUUUGUUCAACCCAGAGACUGCUGUCAGCAGACAUGCACAGCAACCUUACCGUUACCUCUAACUACACCGAACUGCUACCGGACAGUCAUUACAUCUUCCCCGCUCUGGUCUUCGGUAUAUUGCUAAUAGUUGUUAUAAUCUGUGGUAACUUGCUGGUGUGCCUUAGUGUGUGGACAGAAAAAGCUUUAAAAACUACAACCAACUACUUCAUAGUCAGUCUGGCAGUGGCAGACCUGCUCCUCGCUGUGCUGGUUUUACCACUUUUCGUUUACUCGGAGUUCCAGGGAGGAGUGUGGACCUUAAACACAGUGCUUUGCGAUGCGCUGAUGACAAUGGAUGUGAUGCUGUGCACUGCCUCAAUUUUCAACCUCUGCGCAAUAAGUGUCGACCGGUUCAUUGCUGUGUCCAUUCCUCUCAACUAUAACAGAAAGCACAUCGACCAGAGACAAAUAAUUCUGCUCUCCGUCACCUGGAUUUUUGCAUUAGCUGUGGCUUCCCCUGUGAUCUUUGGGAUAAACCAUGUUCCUGACAGGGACCCGACCUUGUGUAAGCUGGAGGACAAUAAUUACAUCAUUUAUUCCUCGGUUUGUUCCUUCUUCAUUCCCUGCCCCAUCAUGCUGCUCCUGUACUGCCUGAUGUUCCGGGGUUUAAAGAAGUGGGAGGAGGCACGCAAAACCAAGCUGAAAAACAGCAUGCACGCCUCCAUGAAGUUUCAAAGCGGACACUCCCUGCCUCAGUGCCCCCCUCCCGCUAUCGAGGGGGAUCCGGCUGAUGUCAAACUGAAGGAACUCAAUUGCUAUUCGCAUCCAGACUGCACUUUUCCUAAGGAGUAUAAGGAUGGCCACACACAGACAAUAGCAUUACCUAAGCUGAACUGUGUCCAGGCACCCUCUAAGAAGAAGCGAGCCAAAAUCAACGGGCGGGAGAGGAAGGCAAUGAAGGUGCUCCCAGUUGUUGUUGGUGUCUUUCUUUUCUGCUGGACUCCUUUUUUUGUGGUGCACAUCACAAGAGCACUGUGCGAGUCAUGUGACAUCUCCCCAGAGCUCAUGAGCAUCGUAACCUGGCUGGGGCUUGGCUCACCACUACCACCCCAGCGCUGACCAUGCAGUCACCUCAGAGCUACAGCGUCGGAGGACAACGCAGCUCUGGACAGCUUACAGGCAAGACCGCAGGCACCCGGCCAGACUACAGGGGUACAGACUACCUAAGCCCUCCCCACCCGGGCGGCACUCGGCCAAUUGUGCGCCACCCCCUGGAAGCUCCCGUCCACAGUCGGCAGUGGAAUAGCCUGGCCUCGAACCGGCGACGUCCAGGCUAUAGGGUGCAUCCUGCACUACACGCGGAGUGCUUUUACCGGAUAGAAAGCUUUUUAAUCUUCAAUGUUUUUUAGUAGGGGUCCCCUGUGGCUCACCUAACAAAAGCACAGUAGAGUGUGGAUGAGUCAUACAUUCUUAAACUUGCUGGUUCAAACCCUAUUCACAUCUGAUUGCAGAUCUUGACUUGAGACCCACAAGUAGCUCUGCUUUGCAGAGACAUUAGUAAUAGAGGUUGGAUGUUCUUAAGUCCUCCUGAAUUGGUGUAAGGGUUGCUAGGGUGGCAUUCAAAUUGGGUGCUUGAAAUUAUAUGGGUGAAAUAGGCUUACCUGAUUGGACACUUUAAUUUGAUUUUCAUUACAUGAGAGGUGUUAAAACUUCACGCUGAUAUUGGACUCAGCUCUCACCACGAUAAGCACAAACAAAGACAUAGCUUAUUUUACAAUAAACUAAUGUGAUCCAUCUGUGUUCCCUUUCAUCUGAUGAUGUAGAUAUCCUUCUGCCUGGUGUUGAUGGCUGAAGUGUAAUGCUGGCUCCAGGGAUCAGCCUAUUUUGUCUCCCUGGCACAUCAGCACACACAAUGGCUACAAUGCUGGCUCCAGGGAUCAACCACAGUGUGUCCUCCUUAGCGCAUCAUCAUGACAACCAUCUGGACUGAGCUGAGUAGGGUACUUCUCUGAGGUCUCCAAGUGGGCACCUUCCAUCCUUGGUGUUUCGUCAGCUAGCCCACGACACCUUAAGAGAGCUCGACAGUGAUUCUGGCGUCCCGGCAUCACCCCCCUCCGUCCCCCACUCAGCUAAGCCCAGUUUACUUCCUUUCCUUUCCAUCGACAUUGCUUUCUUUCUACUAUGCUUGAGGUCCCCACCCAGAAUCUUUUUGUCUCAACCAGAGCCAGUUGCUGCUGCUCUCUGCUGCUUCAGAUAAGUUCUUCACUAUGCGUUGCAACUCUUGACCACUGAAUCCGGUGUCUCUGAGAAACCAGGUUGUGGAGUGUGCCACAAAUCCUCGACAACCCACCUCCACUGGGUUUUGCAUUUUAUAGGAAACACGUAUAUACCGAUAAUUGUAAAGGUAGCAGCUUUGUAUAAACAAUUUUGAACUAUAUGGGAUACUAAACCUGGGCAAGGUCACAUGGCAGUCACACAUUAAUAAUAGGAGCUCCUGUUCUCUUACACUGAUCCAUUAAAUUAGGUGUACUUAUUGUGUGCUGCUUAAUUUAAUUUAUAUAUUCUUUAUACAGCACAGCUCUGCUUUAUUUCUCAGUUAUUAUUAUAUAUGAUACACUGUAGGUUGGUUAUCUGAAUAUGACUUUUGCUUAGAACCAAAGCUGGGUUAAUAUCCUUGGGUUAACUAAAUCCACAAAGUAGUAGAAAAAGCACCUUGACAUACCCGCAGAACAACAAAGAAACUACUGACAGAAAAAAUGUAUCAUUUCAAAUUAAAACAUUAUUUAAAAAUAAAUAAAUAAAUAAAAUAGUUUUUUUUUUUUCUUAAUCUGAAUGAAACCAACCACAACAACAACUAGAGCCAUUCAUUUUUUUUUCUUUCAAUAGACAAAAAAAUGACAUCAGACUCCAACCCCUUCUGUGAUCUUAUUAGACUGGUUGAUUAGAGUUUCUGACUCAGCAGCACAACAGCUGCUUUAUAUCAAGCCUGGUUUGAGGACAUGCUUAUGACAGAUCAUAGGGAUUAGCAUCAAGGUUAAACAUUUGUUGAGUAGUGUGCUCAGUUUAUCUGUGGGAUGGGGGUUAUAGAAAAAGUCAUGCAAAUUCAUCAGGGAAGGAAAUUAAUACAGCCAGUGACAGAUCUGUAGCAAGAAACAGGGACCCGCACGUGCUGACCCAGUUCUAAGAAAAAGAAAAAAUACAGGAAGGUGUAACAGUGAAAUUGUACCCAUAUGAACAUCCCUUAUGCAGUAAUACUCUGUAACAGGGCGAGCAGCCCUGUACAUUGUUUUGUUUAUUUUAGUUUUAGAACGGAGUCCCCUCUGCCCAUGUGCAGUGUAUUUUGUAUUUGUUUAUUAUAAUUUUGUAUUGUAUUUUAUAUGACGGCGAGCGCCGCAGGAUUUAUUAUUUAUGUAUUUAGGACGGCGUAGCUGAAUGUUUGUUUAUUAUUUAGUAGCGUGGAUGGGAAGCCCCAUCCACACAGUAUUUAAAAACUUGUGCAGAAGGUGGCCAUCUCCCGAAUUAAUUAGGUGAUUUAAUUUGUUGCUAAUCGGGAGAUGGUCACCUGUUAUAAAAAGCCUGCAGCUCUCCAGCUUGUGGUGGGAGUCCAGAGGAGCGAGAGUGAGAGUGAGAGUGAGAGUGAGAGUGAGAGUGAGAGUGAUUUAUUUAAAAAAACGAAACUAACCAAGGAUAGCGUCAGUGAAGGCGAUUGCCCAGCCUGACGGGUUGUAGUGUUCGUGAUUUGUUUUUGUUUGAAACCUUUUAUUUUUGCUCUUUGAGCAAAGUGUUUUCUGUUCAAAUAUUUUAUUUAUUUUUGUUUGCUUAAUAAAAACGGCAAACGCCACUUGA